GGGGCGUGGGCUUGGCUGUUUGCACCUGUUGGGGACGGGCUUUUCGGAAACACUUCGCUGGUGGCGGGAACCGGAUCAGCAGCCGAAAACGGGGAAGGGUACUCAUACACUUGUUUUCAUCCACGGCUAAAUUCAGGUUCUCUUGAGAAACUUGCAGGGUCCUUUUUGGUUCAGCACUCGCGGCGCGUGUGCAGUACCAAGAUGUCUUCUGACACUGACGGUACCUUCAGCGCCUCACAGAUUCCAGCUUCGGAACAAGAGGCUCUGGUUCGACCAAAACCAUUGUUCUUGAAGUUAUUGAAGUUAGCUGGUGCACAGAAAGACGCAUUUACAAUGAAAGAGGUUUUAUUCUAUCUUGGCCAGUAUAUUAUGUCAAAACAGUUAUAUGACAAAAAGCAACAGCACAUUGUUUAUUGUUCAGAUGAUCUUCUUGGAGAUCUGUUUGGGGUACCAAGCUUCUCUGUGAAAGAACCUAGGAAAUUAUAUGCAAUGAUAUCUAGAAACUUGACAGCAGUGAAUCAACAGGAAUUUGCUAGCGCAAACACAUCUACAAAUGAAACCAGGCAUCUCCCUGAAAUUGGAAGUGAUGAAGAGGCAUCUAUGCAAGAAUUGCAAGAAGAGAAACCACCGAAUUUGAAUGCUACACCGACUACCUCAUUCAGAAGAACACAUAGUGAAACAGAAUUUACUAGCCGAAACACAUCUACAAAUGAAAUCGGGCAUCGCCUUGAAAUUGGAAGUGAUCAAGAGGAAUCUAUGCAAGAAGAGAGACCGCCAAAUUUGAAUGCUACCCCAACUACCUCACCCAGAAGAAUGCAUAGUGAAAUAGAAUUUGCUGGCCCAAACGCAUCUACAAAUGAAACCAGGAAUCUCCUUGAAAUUGGAAGUGAUCAAGAGGCAUCUAUGCAAGAAUUGCAAGAAGAGAAACCACCGAAUUUGAAUGCUACACUGACUACCUCACCCAGAAAAACACAUAGUGAAACAGAAUUUGCUAGCCCAAACACAUCUUCAAAUGAAACCAGGCGUCGCCUUGAAAUUGGAAGUGAAAAAGAGGAAUCUAUGCAACAAUUGCAAGAAGAGAGACCACCAAAUUUGAAUUCUAGACCAACUACCUCAUCCAGAAGAACACAUAGUGAAAUAGAAAAUUCGGAUGAACUGCCUGGUGAAAGAGACAGAAAACGGCAUAAGUCAGAUAGUAUGUCCCUUACAUUUGAUGAAAGCUGUGCUCUAUGUGUCUUAAGAGAGAUAUGCUGUGAACAAAACAUUACCAGUGACUCAACAGAAAUCCCUUCAAGUCCGGAUAUUGAUACUGGUAUAUUAAAUGAAGAUUCAGGAGAUUCAGUUUCAGACCAAUUUAGUGUUGAGUUUGAAGUUGAAUCUAAUGAUUCAGAAGAUUAUAGUCACAAUGAAGAAGGACAAGAACUCUCAGAUGAAGAUGAUGAGAUAUGCCAGAUCUAUCAGGUAGAGGAAAGUGAUACCGACUCAUUCGAUGAAGACCUUGAAAUAUCCUUAGUCGAUUAUUGGAAGUGUCCUUCCUGUGACAAAAUAAACCCUCCACUUCCACCACAUUGCCACAGAUGUUGGACUGCCCGAGAAAAUUGGCUUUCUGAGGAGAAAGGUGAAGUUUUGGAGAAAGGCACAAUAGAAAAUCCCACACAAGGGGAAGAAGAGGGCUUUGAUGUUCCAGAUUGUAAGAAAAAUAAAAUCAAUGACUCUCAAGAUUCAUGUGUUGAGGAAAGUGAUGAAAAGGUAGUACAGACAUCAGACUCCCAAGAGAGUGAGGAUUAUUCCCAGCCAUCAACAUCUAAAAGUAUCAUGUGUAGUAGUCAAGAAGAUGCUGGAGAAUUUGAGAGAAAAGAAGCACAAGACAAAGAAAAAAAUAUGGGAUGUUUUCUUCCCCUUAGCACAGUAGAGCCCUGUGUCAUCUGUCAGAGCCGACCUAAAAAUGGUUGCAUUGUCCAUGGAAGGACAGGACAUCUUAUGGCGUGUUUUACAUGUGCUAAGAAAUUGAAAAAGAGAAAUAAGCCUUGUCCAGUGUGCAGGCAGCCAAUUCAAAUGAUUGUGUUAACUUAUUUUCUCUAAAUGUGUUGUACUAAAGGUGGAACCGUAGAGUCCUGUACAUGAAACGCUCUUUUAAGAAUGUUCACACAUGGCUGUGAAAUUUUUUGGGAAUUUUAUUUUUGUGCCUUUUUUUCUGAGAAAAUGAGUAUUUUAGUUCUCUCUGGUGCAGUUUGCUUUUUGGAACGAAUUUUUUUAUUUUCCUUGAGGAAAAAAAAAUUUGGUUACUGGUCUUUUCCAGUUUUGUAUUAUUUUUAUUAGCAUUCAUUUGUAUUACUUACAGAGACAGCAGGGUAUAGUGGAUA